AUGUCUGUCGCUGAAUCCCCUUACGUCACCCUCAUCUCUUCGGACAACCACCGUUUUAUCAUCGACCGUGAAGCGGCGAUGGUAUCAUCCACGUUGAAAAACUCCUUCAGCUACGACUUCGAAGAAAACGCCACCAACUCGAUCAAGUUGCAUGAAAUCCACGGGACGCUCUUGGAAAAGGUCGUGGAGUACUUGUACUACAACCUCAAGUACCAGAAUAGGGUGGAAGAGGUCCCUGAGUUUAACAUUCCGACGUCGAUGGCGUUGGAGUUGUUGAUGGCUGCCGAUUACUUGGAUGUGUGA